GUCUCGCCGCUUCCUCCGCCACCACGUGACUAACCAGCGAACAAUAAAAACCAGCUAAAAGGGAAAAAGGAAAUUACUGAACAUUAUCCAAAUACCCCCGCUGUUUCCGUUUUUCCGUUAAAAAGAUUUAAAAAAAAAUUAAAAGCCGUCCGAUUUCCUCUGCUCGGCCACGUCCCUCAUCCUAAUCUGAUGGUCCACAAAGACCUUUCCCCUCUUUUUCUUCUCUUCACAGAAGCGUCAAAGCAGAAAGGCGAGGGGGGGCCAAACGCCAAACAAAACCAAAAAAAUAAAGUUCAUCACUUUUCUUUUCUUCUGGUCUGUGUGUGAAGUUCAAAAAUUUAAAAUUUAAAAAAAAAUCCAAAAUUAUAUUCAAUUCCUCAAGAGCUGAAGUAAAAAGGGGGAUCAAUCGAUCUCCUUUUUGUCAAGACAAGCAAAUCCCACUCCGCGCUUGCUUCUUUGUUCUCAUUGCUCGCUUCGCUUAUUGUGGAAGAUUUUUUGAAUCAUUUGUUAAAGGCUCAAACAUUGAGUCAUCCUCUGUUUUCUUUCUUGUGGGUCGUAAAGAGAAUAGUUAUGGCGGAUGUUUUGAGCAAGUCGCAUCUGAUCGCUUCGUCCUGGCCUCCUUUGUGUUCUGCACCUUUUCCGUCUUCGUCGACAAACAGUUAUGACAGCCACCGCUACGGCCGGAUCUGUGUCGUUGGGAAGAGUCGGAGCAGGGUUAAUGGCUUUCCUUUGAAAGAGAAAACUCAUGCCUUUAGAUCACAGGCAGCGCAGUGUGGUGGUGUUGUUAGCAGUGGGUUUCAUGGGAAGAAGCUCUUUGCUCACGGGAACGAAGCCAGAGGCGCCAGAAGGGGACAGCUUCGUCGAGCUUCGAUUAGGGCUCAGACUGGUCGAAUUGGGAACAUGCAAAGAUGGUGGGAGAAGGGGUUGCAAUCCAAUAUGAAGGAGAUCACUUCGGCUCAAGACCUUGUAGACUCUCUAAUGAAUGCUGGAGACAAACUCGUUGUUGUUGAUUUCUUCUCCCCUGGCUGUGGUGGCUGCAAGGCUCUCCAUCCCAAGAUUUGUCAAAUAGCAGAGAUGAACCCAGAUGUACAGUUUCUUCAUGUGAAUUACGAGGAUCAUAAAUCUAUGUGUUGUAGUCUCAACGUCCAUGUUCUACCUUUCUUCCGCUUCUACCGUGGAGCUCAGGGUCGGCUAUGCAGCUUUAGCUGCACCAAUGCCACAAUCAAGAAAUUCAGAGAUGCAUUGGCAAAGCACAGUCCUGACAGGUGCAGCCUCAGUCCAGUGAAAGGGUUGGAAGAAAAAGAGUUGGUUGCUCUAGCUGCUAAUAGAGAUCUCAACUUCACAUACACACCGAAGAAGGUUUAUACAAAGCCUGUUCCCCUUGAACAGGAAAAGGAAGUUCCUGUUAUCUCACCUUCAUCUCCCUCGAGUCGGCCAAGUUCACCUCACCUGGUUCCGGUAGCAAUCACCCGAUCUCCCAAAGAGUCGGAGGAGAAAACUCUGGUGCCAUCAGGGAGAUGAUGAUGAUGCAAGGCAAUCAAGGGGGAUGAAGCUUUUGACCCCUUCCUCACCCUUGUGUACAGUUUCUUUUGUGUGUUUUCUAUAUGAUGGUAUCUUUCUACAUCUAAGUUCAUAUCGUGUAAUGUGUGAAUUGUAUGUUUCUCCUUGUAAUAGUAUAUCUCAGUCACCGAUGGAGGAAGAAGAGUUGAUGAAGCAGGCAAUUUGGAUUGUGUGUUUUUUAAUCGGGUCCUGUAUAGCCUGCUAGGUAGGAUGGUAUCUUAACUAUUAUUACGAUUGUAAGAUCAGAAGGAAAGAGAAAGAAACUCCUUUGGCCCCCCCAUGCUUCUGUCCAAAGGAGGUGAAAGAAAAAGAGUGUUUUGUUGUAAUGUGGUUCGCGUUGCAGUGGUAUUUGGAUUGCUGCACCACAAAAAUUAGAGAAGCAAGGAAUUUGAAGGGAACUCUGGUGCAUAACCCUGAAUUGUGCAACUAAGGUCGACCACAAAUAUGAGCUUGCAAGGAUUGCGCGCCUAGGCGAGACAAAUGUAUCUAACAUCCAUCUUUUUUAUCGGAUGACCACGAAAGGAUAAUAAUAUAUUUUCUAUGUAAAAGGGAAAUGAUUAGUAAAAGCGGAAGUACAAAAGCCAAGUAUAAAGGGAAGCUUUGAAACAUUUUAUAGCAAUUUUUUAACCAUAAAUUUUAUUUUGAAAAAAUACAAACAAAUAAGUGAAAAUGGCGCUUGGCAACAAUCAUAUUGUCUUUUUUCUUAUAGACAAUAUUACUCCCUCAAACUCGCUGCAAUUUUUUAAUUUAAUGGCACCUCUGAUCAAUGGCCACACCCACAUGUAAUGAAACUCGCUGCAAUUUCUAUAAUGUUAUGGCACCUUAGUUUGAUCAAUUAGCCACACCCACGUGUAAUGGGAAAUAACCUUGAAUAUAUAAUUUUAGUAUUUUUACAUAGAUUGGAACUUGGUUAGGUAUUGACAUUGAUAAUCACUAUAUUACUUGUGUGGAAGAAUUUGAUUUUGUUCCCCUUUUUUUGGAGCUCGAAGGUGUGUGCAAGAAAAUUAUAGUUGAUCUCUUAACUAUAACAUAUUUAUCGUUCUACGAGACAAUGGUUGCUGGACGGACGUAUUUUGUUUUAAUAAUGGUGAUAUUGGUUUAAUUUUUCUGGAUGGUCGUAUUUGGAUGAUGAAGAAUGAAAUUUCAUGUACUUUUUGAUUGUUGUUGAGUGAUUUACUUUCUACGUCUAUGAAUUGGUGAAUUUAUGAGAUUGAUGUAUAUUCUUGUUACGAACAUCUAGGCACCUAGGCUAUACGGUUCGGUCCGGUUAAAUUGGACCAAAUUGAUCUGGUUCCAGUCCGGUCUUUUCGGGAAUAUAAGGACCACAGAUUGGAUUGGAUAUAGUCCGGUUUUGAUCCGAUCCGGUCUUAACCUGGUCCGGUCCCAAUUUGAUCUUGAUUAUAGGUGUUGGGGGCCUGUUAUUCGGUCUUUAUCCUGGUUUUUUACCUGAAUUCUAAGCCCGAAUAUGAGAUUGGAUUGUUUGCUAUCUGGUCCCAGUCCGGGUUAUACGGUCCGGUUUUGGGUAAAACCAAACAGUCUGAACCAAAUAGCCAGCCAUUGAUGGCAAUGGGGCGGGGCGGGGCGGGUAUCUCAAUUCUCAUGCCCCGCCCUACGCUACUACGGGUAGGGGCGGGUCGACCCACUCUUACAUGUUGUUCAAAAAAAAUACAAGUAAAUUUUACUUUUUAAA